AGUCAUAGUAUCAAAUCAGUGUUGUGAUGCGGUGUAGGAUACCAAGUAUAGUGGUGCAGGUUAAGAGUAUUAUAUUCUUAUGCGGACAUUUGUCUUGUCUGAAGCGUGCUGCUGUAUACACCUGUCUUAAGUACUACUAUCAUCUUCUGCUCCACUCUUCCAUCAUUUCAUUACUUUUUACCCUCUCUGGUCUUUCUUCUAUGCAGAAGAAAUUUUUAGGGAUUUCAAAAAAAACCCAAAAAUGGGAAAAACCAGUCAAAAGAUUCAAAAGCCACUUUUAGAUUUCCGCUCAAUCAAAGAUGAUGCUUGGUACACAGUAGAUAGACUUGUUCUAAGCAAGCAAAACACCCUUCUAACUGUGAAAUUCUCUGGGUUUGGUGAAGAAGAUGAUGAGAAGUUCAAUGUCAAGGAUUUCAAAACAGUGAAUGAGUUGGAUCAGUUUUUGAACAGGUUCCGUCCAGCUUGUCUUCAGGUACAGGAUGGAGAGUGUUAUGAUUUGAGACGUGGAUCGGAUGUCUGUGCUGUACUUGAAGAAGGUGAAGAUGAUCACAAGUUCUACAAUGGUGUUAUUGAAUCGAUAGAACGUGAACCUCACACGCGCAAAGGUGGAGAAGAGAGUUGUUCUUGUAUAUUUAUGGUUGGUUGGUUAGAAGGUCCAAAUGCUAGGUGUACGGAACAGAUGGGGAUUAAACGCAUUUGUAAACUUCAACCAGGAUCCCCAUUAUUUGAUUACUCGCUCGCGUGUUUCAUGAAGAGGUCACGGCAACAUCUUGAUUCGCUUUUGAAAUGAACUGUAUGCAGGUCGGUAAGGUAAUAGAUGGGUUCGUAGUUUGAGUUGUUUUGUUUUUGCUUAGCAGCAAGAUACUAGUAUGGUAGGAAAAUUAGGGUAGUAGGAAGAUAUGGAUGGAAUCAUAACUCUACCUUUGUAAAUACUCAUGUCCUCUAGUACAACUCGGUUUUAUUAGAUUGGUAGCUAGAUUAUGAAUCAUAUCUCUACCUACUCAUCAAUGGUUGUUUCUAGCUAGAUUAUUCUUGUCUAAAAAAUUGGUGUUGCGUAAUAUGAACAGACUGUGUAAAACUAAUCAAGAAGUACUGCAAGUUGUGCUGCAAAUUUACUGUGUGUGAUAUUCCUAUGGAGACACUUACUUGUAUGGAAUGCUGUCCCAAAGGCACACCUCCAGCAGCUCGUACCUGAAGCCACAUGAAGUAUGAAACAUAAUAUAAGAUGCGAUGUAAUUUUAGAAUACAAUAAAUCUGCAGAACCCUCCAGUUUUUCUAAUAAA